CUCUCCGUCAGGGAGGGAGGCUGCAGCAGUCCUCAUUACGAUUCCUCGUCCGUCCACUCGCCUCCGCGCUCCUGGAGUGGGUGGCACCGGCGUCCUUCGCGCCUCUGGAUUGCGCACCAGGCGUCAACGAGCCGUCACGGGUCGCGGUUUCCACGGCACCGGUGGCCGCGCAUCACGCUGCCGGAGGUCGCACACGGCGCUGCUUCACUCGACGCCAGGGCUAAGAGACAGACAGACAGACAGAGAGAGAGACAGAGAGAGAGAGACAGACGGAGACAGAGAGAGCAAGUGACUCCCCGAGGUCCAGCGAAGGGUGUCGCCCGCCCAGCGCCGCUCAUCCAACCCCCGGACUCACCAGGGGCCGGGGACCCGCAGUCCGCCGCUGGCAGCUCGUGGUGUUGACGUCUGUCCGCGGUGACCGGCGACAUGUGCGUCCGGACGCUGUGAAGUGGGACACGGCUGCAUUUCCCUCGGAUACGUUAGUACCCGACGCUACGACGCACCUUGUAGAGCCAUGAGCACUGUGGAGGAGGAGCCAGAUCACAUGAUACCAUGAAGACGAGCCUGCAGGUCCUGCACUGCCAGCUGCUGAAUGUUCUAGCAUUCCUAGCACUGCCAGUAGGACUGGUGUCAUCAGCACAGGAGCUGUACCUCGGCCAGACGUCCCAGGACUCUGUCUCCAUGGCAGCCGCCCACACUCCUCCCGAAUCUCCCCACCUGGCAGUAGACACUCAUGCAAAAUCUGAUUCCCCACUGGAGAGCCCACCAGAGAAUCUAACCUUUACUGCGUCCACCAUAGCCCUAUCCACUGAGCCAAGCCUCAAAAGGCUGGGUCCCACAAUAAUCCCAAACAACCACACUGCACCCAUCGAGACAACCAAUGAGGAGGGUCAUGGUCCGGUUUAUCAAGGUAAAGGCACAGACAAUCCCCCUCUCAUACAGUUGCUUGGGAAUGUAACUUCAUAUGGAGGGCUGCUGUCUAACAGCAGCUUAGUUGAGGAGGCACCUGCUAAGGGGAACAGCUCGGAGGCCCCUUCUACAGCCAGCAAGAACUUCCUUAAUAGGCAGGUGCCUGCCACCACCCAGGACCCCUGGACAUACAGCAACAGCUCAGACCCCACCAUCAACUCCCCGCCCUCCCGCAUGACUAUCUGCUUGAGCAGGAUGGAAAUUGUUUGGAUCGUGUUGGCCAUCAGUGUGCCUGUGUCUUCAUGUUCUGUGCUGUUGACUGUGUGCUGCAUGAGGAGGAAGAAGAAGUCAUCAAGUCAGGAGAGCAACCUCAGCUACUGGAACAAUGCCAUCACCAUGGACUACUUCAGCAGGCACGCUGUGGAGCUUCCCAGAGAAAUACACACUCUGGAGAGUGAGGACCAUGACACCUAUCUACCCCCUAAUGGAGACUACAGUGGCAGCAGUGUGGUCCUGGUUAACCCCUUCUGCCAGGAGACCCUCUUCAUCAACAGAGACAAGGCUUCUGCCAUCUAGAGACAGAAAACGAGAGACGUUGCUGGAUUCUCCUCUUCUACUCUCCUUUGUGUUGUUAUCUAUUUUUUAUAUGUAUGUGGUAAAUAUUCAGAGACCUUGACUUAAUACUGUAUAUUAUCAAAACAAAGAGCAACCUGAAAGAGGAGUGAUGUAAACAUACACUAUUUACUAUGAGGAUGCACCUGCAUAUUUUUCUGAUGUACAUUUUCUACAAAAGGCUUAAUUGUGAUAAAAGGUUUUUAUUGUCUUUCUAAAAUACAGAGAAUAUGUGGUUUUAUUUCAUGACAGUGGCUUGAUUGUAAGUACACUGUGGAUUUUGCUUCUUUUAGAGAGAGAAAUGUUCUAUGAAAACAUAGAAGUUGUAAUUUUACUUUUCCUUUAAAAUCAAUCCCAAAAUACUUAUAGCCUGUUGAACUUGAAUAUAGCACCUACAAUAUUUACUUGGGGACUGGGCAGAGAUUUAUGGCAAAAUACUGUUGAUGAAAUCGGGGUCUGUAUUUAUCAAACUAUCAUACCAAGAAAGUUACGAAUGCCCAAAGAGCCAUCAAGUUGAACAACUAAACCUUUCCCAAGAACUCUCAAGUGAUCACGAUUAAUUAAUUAAUCACAUACAGGAAUUGGCAAUCACAAAUAAGGAUUACACCUGCCCUAUUGUUAAUAUUUUGGAAAACUUCAUGGUUUUUAGCUUCAUUUUUUUGUGUCAAGUCCUCAGUAUCCCCAGUAGUGGUGAACACAACAAUAAUAUAUAGUGACAGAAUUGGGCAGAACACUAAAACUAACGAAACUGGGGGAAGAAAGAAAUGUUCUGGUGCUAGAGAAGGUGCUGUACAUCAGACUCCCAAGUAUAAUAAAAAUAGUUUAGUCCCACACUGAUAAGUACAGACAAUAUGAAAAGACAGCUGAUAUGAAAAUAUUAGUCUAAACCUACCUGAUUAUAGAUUAUACAGCUAACGUAUUAUUCAUCCAGACAAUGAUAUUCUGUACAAUCACUUUAAAACAUGACGCAGGGGGCAUGUCUUGACCUCUGUCCCUGUCUAUGGAAUCUAACGGUCAACUUUUAACCAAAUUAGCCUCAGGAGUUCUCUAUAGAUCAAGAGCACUUUAGGUUGGGAAAAAAAAAGAUGAAUGUUUUAUCUGAAAACAGGAGUUCAAGUGACAAACUUUCAUUUUGUAUCUCUGAGCAGGUUGAUAAAUACAAGCCCAGAUUUUAAUGGUAAAUUUGAGCAGACUAUUUGGAUGAUUUGGGGUCAACAUCUGUCAGUUCUGAGCGAACUGACUUUGAAUGGCUUUCCCCCUCAUGUGUCACCAGCUUCUCUUAAGAGGGACCACAUAGAUGUCUUAAUUGUUCAUGUUGGCCCUUUAUAUAUCAGUAUGUGUAUGAAUGCCUUGAUUGUGCAUGUAAGCAUUCUGUGUGAGUGUGCAGUCAAGUGUGUAAGUAUGGACAAAUUCAUUGAAAUGUGCUCCCCCCUAAACCAAAUAUCACUGUUACUUUAAGUCAAACAAGACUUUGUAUCACUUUCAGCUCAGUUGACCUGUUUUCUUUGUCUGUCUGUGUGUCUGCCUCUGUAUGUCUGUCUGUUGGUCUGCUUGUCUGGAUUGUGGAGUCGCUACUACUGUAUUUGAGAACGACUUUCUCAGCACUGUAGGAAACAAUUAGACCAUUCCUCGCUACUGUAAGUGUUUCCCAAAUAAUGUAUUUGUCCAUUAAAAGCAAAUUGUCUUAGUUGAAAUGUUGAAUGAUUGAGAAUAAAUUCCUGAACCACAUAAUAUGGUGGAUAGAAUAUGGUAUAACAAUUUUACCAAUGAAAACACUGACAAAAAAUUGACAGUUAGCUGUAUAAUUACUGUGAGCACGUACAGAGGCGUUUGAAUACUUUUGUUUAAUUAUUGAACCUGUGGCCCUUCUAUCAUCUUUUACUCUGCAUUGCUGCAUUUUAUUCAAUAAUCAAUGCUGCCUGCCUCUAUUGUCGCUAAAGAUUUUCUGCAUUGUUGUUCUGAAAUCAUUGAUUUGAGCAGUGAUGAUGAAUGACAAAGUUAAACAUAUUGAUAUUUCCUGCAUUGGAUGCUCACAGGUGGGCUUGUUGUUUUGCACGCUCAAAAAAUGGAUAUUUUACAAAAGGUAUAGUGGCACGGUGGAGCAGUGUUCAACAUUAUGUAUUUUUUGUACUGUAGUAUACAGUGUACUUUUUACUGCUGAGCAAUAAAACAAAAAGAAGAAAAUUGA